UGUCUAACAACCUGUUUAUAUUUUAUUUUCAAAACAGCUACACAAAUUUGCAACCAAUAUGAUGGUCAACUGGUGCAGAAUGCGUCUUCAUACCGUCGGCGUUACGAUCGGAUGGAUUGGCAUUAUGGUAUCUAUUCUGUCGAUUAUCUUGCUGUCUCUCAUUCUCGUCUUGGUGGACGAAGUGGCCAUGUUUGUAGUGCCAGACCUUGCCAGGAAGUUGCCGCUUCUGAGCUUCAGUGGAUUCCGCACUGGGCUAGUCAUUAUGUGCGGCGUCUGGUUGGGCUUCAGCAUUAUAAAUCUGCUGGCCUCGGCAAUGCUGUUGAUGGGCACUGUGCAGGAAAAUCAUCUGAUGUUGGUGCCUUGGCUGAUCAACUCUGGGGCUGCACUCGUCAUUAACAUAAUCCGCCAUCCGUUCACUUGGUUCGCCUUCGCUGAUGAAGUGGGACCCUGUAUUGUCUUCUCCGUGGUUACGCUGAUUCUUCAAUUCUAUAUCUACUUCGGCAUUUAUUCGCUUUACAAACACAUUAAAGCCAAAAAGGAUCAACAGCGCCAAUUUAUUCAGCCUGAUGUUGCCUACUUUGGCGGCGACUAGUUAAUGGUCUCAGAUUGAAAUAAACUAAUGAACUUUAAUUCGUUUGAAAUAAAAAAUGGGCACAAAAAAGA